CUCAGCCAGGCCACCAGCACCCCUGUGUCGCACUGCACCUCUGCACCGCACCCCGUUGGAUCAGGAUGGUCGCCCCCUGCAGGCGCUGGGCUUCCCUCUUCUCCCUCACCUGCUGCGUGGCCCUGCUCCUGGGGCACCUGGGCAGCGCUGCCCCCUCGCACCCCAAGUACCCCGGGGACGAUGCCCCCGUGGAGGACCUGGUCCAGUUCUACAACGAGCUGCAGCAGUAUCUCAACAUGGUCACGCGGCCCAGAUACGGCAAGAGAUCCAGCAGCCGGAUGCUCUGCGGAGACCCCUAUGACCCCUCUGGAUGCUAAACCCGCCAGGGCGUGAUCCUGAGCGGAAGCCACCUUGGGGCAAACAGGAAAAGGCCCCGGCGCUGAUCCCUCUGUGAUUCUCCUCUCUUCCCCCCCCUCCUGUGCCCCCCGGGGCCGCCUGCUUCAAAGUCAACCAACACCACAGCUGCCACUGUCUCUCUCUGUCCCUUGGUUCCUGGGUAGACUAAUGUGAAUAAUGAUCAGCACAAUAAAUCUGGGUGUAAGUCA